GCCGGAAAUGAUUUCCAACCAAUUGGAGGUGGCGGGUACUUGUCCGCCGUGUUGUUGCUGGCGGUUGGUGAUCGAAUGGCUGUGAGUGGUCAGUGAGCCCGUACCGUGUGUGACCUGCAUCGGUAUCUCACUGCGGCGGAAGAAAAGAGCCGGUUGUUACGCGUAAGGCAGGAAUGAAUCAAACUGAGGAGUAGAUCAAUCAGUAUACCAGGUAUUUGAAUUAUAACAUUGAAUCCACUCCUUGCCUGAAAACAACUUGAGUCAUGGAUGAGUUGUAGGAAACGUCAGACCACACAAGCAGCUCCUAAUGGAUCCAAGUAAAAUCAGAGACUCACUGUAUCGGAAAUACAUACAGAUUUGUGAAUUGAAAUUAAGUGAAAAUGAUCUCGUAGAGGAUGCAAGCCUUAAGAAGAUGGCUACAUCCUUACUUGACUUAUAUCGCCAAGAACCAUCAGAAAGAUUUAAGUUAUUCAGAUUUUAUGAUAUUGUGGAGAAUUCUUUGAAGGCGGUCAAAACAUCAAGCUUAAAUGCAAUUCUUACCGCCUUUGGAGUUCUGGAAACCUUCUGCAUCAACCUCUUUCUUUACCCUUGGAAAAAGGAAUUUAAAACUAUAAAGACUUUUACAGGGCAUUUUGUCUACUAUAUCAAAUCCGCAAUGUGUGAAGAUGAUGUAUUUAAUAUCCUGUAUUUCAUAGGAUAUGACUAUGAAAAGGAAAUGUAUGAACUGAAAAGCAAAGUAAACACUAACCAUGUGAAAUUCAUUUCUUUUGAACUUUUCUUGGCUGGAAUUGAGUGUGAGAAUUUACUUGAAAUUUAUUCACAAAUUAGAAUGAGGGGUUAUUCAGAGCUUAAUGUAGUGCAAGAACGUAAGAACAGCACAGAUGAUGUGAAAGGUUGCAUAGACGCCAUGAAAAGACAAAGAAGGUCAAUGGAAGGCUUGCAUACAUCAAUGGUUCAAAUGGAUUUCCGCCGAUCAGACAAUGAACGGUUAACAAACAAUUUCGGAAAACACUUGAUGUACAAAGCUUCACCUGUCGAUAAUGAUGAAACUACUUUGGAAAAGCAGUUAAAUAAAAUUCAUUUGACACCUGCACAUCGUAAAAAAGAAGCAGCUUAUGACUCUUCUGAUGACAUAACUGAUGAAAUUUUUCGUCCUACUCCAUCACUUCUUGCUAUGUCAAGUUCCCCUCGUGGAGGCUCAGAGGAAUACUUGCAAUCUCCCAAUGGUAGCUGGAGAGCAGAAUCCAAUUUUAACACUCCUUACCAUACAUUUGAUGAUUUGGAUCUUUACACAGCUGAAGAUCCCAGAAGCACUUUACCACAAAGAUGGACAGAAACAGCAAACAGUCACAGUACAAGGUUGAUAAAAAGUAAUGAAGCAAGAGCUCUGUACCAUGAAGCUCCACGUACUACCAAAGAAAGUAUAGCAAGCACAGUUGCAUUGAAGUGCCAAAUGUGUGGAAUAUCUAGUGGAACCUCAAGUUGCCAAAAAUGUGACAAUGUUCUUUGUAACCAGUGCCCUUGUAGACACGAAUAUCCAAAAACAGUGAGUAUCUUAGCACGUUCUUCAUCCUUUCAAACUGACCUGUCUGCAACUUCUACACUGAAAGAGAAAUGUGCACAUGGUACCACAUCACCGUAUCAAGAGCACUUACCCAGUUCCAAGAGUACCAAUAUGUUGCGCUGUGGAUUUUGUGACAAACCUGGUGCAAAGUUCACUUGUAUGAACUGUUCUAAGGUCUCCUGUAAUGAUUGUAAGAGUGGUUAUCAUUUGGAUUUAUGCAGCAAAAAUAAGUCGCACAAUUUCUUUCCCAACAGCCAGCUCAGUUUCAAAUCUAGUAAAAAUUAUUCUGUAUACCGAUAAAUUGUAUAAUCUGAAAAAAUGAUGCAUGAUCAGCCCUGGAAAAAUCUAUGCAAGGAAUAUUUUGAAAGCUGGCAGAAUGAAAAUUUUGUUGACAUAUAAUUGCUCACUGUGAUCUCUUGUCCUACAAUAUGCACCUUAAGGUAUUUAAACUGCUGCUAUAUUUUUCAAGGGCUGAUAUGUGUACAUAAAAGCUGCUUUGAUCUAUUAAUUCAUACCAGCGAUGCAGAAGAGGGUACUUCAGAAUCUUCAGCAAAACCAUUUGUAACUACAAGUGAAUGAGAGAGAACAGUUGAUGUUGGAUUUAACAUAAUGCUGUCAAAUGUUUAUACAAACAAGCCUUGGUAUUGAUGUGCAAUUUUUCUUUUGUCUUUUUCUAAUGUGAUGGUGUUUCAUAAUUAUUUUUUACUUGCAAUAGGUGAACAAGUGUGUUUUCUGAAGGAAAUCCCUAUCUUGCUUUCGGCUUAUCAUUUUUUGUUGAAAACUUAAAUAAUUUUAUGACUGCUUAUAUGAAUAAAACAUUUGGCACUGCUAAAAUUUGAGGGUUUGUCUUAGCCCAAGGUUGAAUUGCGUAUGAACUUGGAUAAACACAUACUCUGAAUUAUGUGUUUACAUUACUGAGAGCACUUUUUAAAGACAUUGUGAAGUUCAUAGAUUUUUUUUCCAUAGCUGGAAUGCCAUGUACACCAGAUCUCUGACACUGAACUAAAUUUAAUGUAUUCCAUUUACAAUGCAUAUUUUUUGCCAUUUUGAUUUGAACAAGUUAAACUUUUGUUUACUAUAACCUUGUGUCAGGUUCCAAUUGAUCUUUCAGCAUUGGCUUUAAUACAUAACUUAACACUAAGGUAACUGUAAGAUGUUUUUUAUACUUGUUCUGCUUGCAAAAUCACUGACUCUUAGGGGUGUGUUUAUAUUGCGUCUUGUCAUUACUGAGGGCUUAUCAGAUUGCUUUUGGCUUAAUGGAGAGUGUGCAUAAGGAAUAAAAGAUCUGACUCCACUCAGAUCAAAAAUCUAUAAAUGCCUCUGCUGUUUGUGGUGCGUGGCAUAGAAUUAUGAGGUAGUGACUAUACUCCUGAAUUUAUAUGGAAGCUUUCACAAUGUUCCUAUUGCUUCACAGCUAAAGAAAUAUUUUCCUAAUAUGCAAUAAUGGUAAAUGUGGCAGUCAGAAACAAUUUGCUACAGCCAGACAUGUGACAAUAACCAUCCAACCUUCUAGGAUGUUUAAGGAACGAAUGUAGGCCAAGUCAGAGGGAUAAUAUCUUCACUGCUCUUUAAAACCAUGUUGGAAACUUUUGCAUCCCAGGAAUGCAGCGGUGGCUUCAGUUUAACAACAGAUAGCAUCUCUAAUAGUACUUAACUGUGUUCUGGAGUGCCCACAUGGAAUUUUGUAUUCUAGUUUCUGGAGUAGGACUUGUGAAUAUAUUACAACUAUACUAAACAUUUUGGAAAUGGAAUUUCCUGUUUACUGUAAGUGAAUGCAGAAUGUUUCCAUACACAAUUUGUACCUUUCUGUGGAAUUUUGUUAUCUAUGUAUCUAGAAUCUAUACACUUGACACAAUUUAUGCAGUCCACAAUAAUAUUUUUGACAAUCUGUAAUGCAGUUGAUCUGAAUGGGAGUAGUUAAUUUUGGCCUUCUUGAAUGUAUUAAAGUUCUGUUGCUUCAUAGCUAACCAACAAGAAUAUAUCCAGGUUUUGUUAUAUUCAGUGGACUUUUGGGCUCAAACUGAUUAUAGGAGAAAUUAAAAUUUCCCUUGUUUUCAUAAAUAACAUCACCUUUGAAUUGUCCCAAGUCUGAAAGUUAGGCCUUUGUGUUCAGGAUUCUCCCCCAUCAGCUAUCUUAACAUCUCUAUUUGAUCAUCACUUAAUAUUCUGUAUUUAAACUAUGACUCAUUUUCUUGAACCAGAGAAGAUUGAGAUGUGAUGUGAUUAAAAUAGGUAAAGAUUAUCAGAGAUCUAAAUUGAGUUAAGGUUAGUUGUUUCCAUUGCUAGAAACAUCAAGAACUAGAGAAUAUCGAAUUAAGGUGACAGUCAUGAUAGACUUUCUGAAAGUGGAACAGCUGUCUGAAAGUGCGGUGAAGCAGAUUUGAUUGAAGCUUUCAAAAGGGCAUUAUUGGGUAGAUAUUUGUAGGAGAAAAGAAGAUUGUGGGGAGUAACUAAUUGGAUUAAAAUUGCAGAACUGUUGUGGGCUCAAUAGGUCAAAGGAUCUUUCUUGCUUAAAUAAUUGCUAUGAUUCUAUAUAGGAUACUUGAGCUAGAGUGAUCUAUUUUCAUAAAUGAAUCCUUUUAGGCCAUAAGUGAAUAUUAAAUAUGCUCUCUGUAUAUUCUUUGGAUUCUUGUGCCCUAACAAUGUAAUAAUCUAAACCCAGUCUAACCAGAGUUCUGUACAAUUAUAAUAUACUGUCAUCCUGCUUACUGAAACUCCUUUUUAGCUCAAUGCAAUUCAUUUCAAUGUACAAUUAAUACUUUUCUGCAGAACCUUUAAUUGCCUGCAUUCAUUGGAUUUGUGUAGUUUAUGUAUGUGAUGUGUUUAGUGUUUUGUUAUGGGCAAUGUGGAAAGCAGUUUAAAGGAGCAGGAAGUCCAUUCUGUUUCUCUGGACUGUAAUAAAUUAGUCAUAAAAACUACUCUUGAUAUUCAUGCCUUCUGUGAUUUCUCUGCAUGGACUCAUAUUUCUGUUCCUACAUAGUUCUUUGAUUUUUAAUAAUAAGGAAAUUCUCAGAUCUGUCUUUCCUUCCAAGGAAAACGAUUCCACAUUUCAUCACUCAUGUUUUUCCAGUAGUGACCCUCACUUUGCAAAAGACUAAACAGUAUUGUGGACUGCAAAAAGCAUGUGACAGAUUGGAGGUAUAAAGCAUGAUGGUGGAAGAGGCACAGCACUUGAAUUUUAAUGUAAAAAAAUAAAGUAGUGGAUUUUGGAAGCAAACAUGAGGAAAGGCAAUGCAGAAUCGAUCUGAAAGGGAAAAAACUAAAGGAUCUGUGAGAAACAAAUCGCUUGCCACAGCAGAUUGAGAAAAUGAUUAGUAAAGUAGUCACAUUCUCAGCCUUGUAAGUAGAGGCAUUGAGUACAAAAGCAAUAAAUUCAUGCUAAACUUUUAUAAGACAUUUAUCUGGCUUUAACUAUUAUUAUGUUCAAUUGUGGUCAUCCCAUUUGUAGGAAUAAUCAGACAUUAGAGAAGGGUUCACAGAAGAUGUAUAAAAGUUCAAAGGUGAUUCAGAAAUACUGUGAUUUUGGAGAUGAGAAAGCUGAGAGGCAAUUCGAUAUAAAUAAGAGUGGAUGUUCAAUUCUGAAGAUAGAGUUGUUUAAAUAAAUAUGGAAAUAACAAGUUAAAUAGCGGUAUUUCAUUUGCCAUUUUCCAAUCCAAAGAGGGACCCGAAAAGAGCAUUAUAGAAGACCGUGUCUGAAGUACAAAAUGUUUAUGAUGAGAAACAAAAAUAGAAUGAGAAUGUUUAGGAAGGGGAUUCCUGAAGUUAGACCCUUGCAUUGCUUAAGAUAGGAUUGUCAUUGAUGGGCAAACAAGUGGUGGUGUCACUGAGACCAGACCUGAAGGAGUGAAAAGUUUGCUGAGUGUUUUAGGAUGGAAAGGUCUAAGAUCACCCCAUCUAGAAAUCUCCAGUUUGCUGCUUCAUUCAGUUAAGCCAGUUGUAAAUCCUAUAUCUCAUCAGAUUUCCUGCCCAAAACCUUAAAUUCCCCUAGUUCCCUAUAAUCAAUUGCUUUCAUUCUUGCAUCCUACCAAGCAUGUCCAGUUCCCAGAUGUGAUUUGCAAAGAUAACCCUCUAUAAACAAAUUGUGGUUGACUCCUAAGAGAUGUCCCUGGUUCUUGACGCUCAUGUAUAAGCAACUGGCAUCUUUCAGAAUCCUGCAUGCUUAAAUGAAAUUAGUUCUCGGUGUCCUAAAUUCCCAUAAAUAAAGGCCAUUUUAUUUGAUCUGCCUUCACUUUUCAGUUCUUUGAUUCAGAAAUCAGUCACAUGAUGUUCUGCACCAAAUGUAUCGGUUCAUGUGUGCAGGAGACCAAACUGUUGCAGAGCUGAUUGUCGAAUUCAGGAAGGGGAAGGAGGGUGAAUCACUGGUCAACAUUGGGGAAUCAGUAAUGGAGACAAUCAACAGCUUUAAACUCCUGGAUAUUAACAUAUUAGAUCAGCUGUCUUGGCUCCAGCAUCUCAAUGCAAUGAUUUGAAAGGUGUGCUAGCAUUUUUACUUUCUUAGGAGGCCAGUGAUGUUUGGUAUGGCAAUUCAAAUGCAUGGAAAUAUAAACAGCUGCAGGCAUUAGUGGACGCAGCCUAUUACAUUACAGACAACUCUAUUCAUUUCAGCAACACUGACGAUUUCGAUCAUCUGGCAUUAAAAUUGACUUUUCUAAAUGUUUUUUUCUCGUAAAUAUUGUGUAUAAUUUUUGUUUUAUAUAUGUAUUUCUGUGAAUGCUGCUUAUAUGAUGCUACAUGUCUGUGAGGCUGCUGGAAAUAAGUUUUUCAUUGCAUCUGUACCUAAAGAUAAUUGAACAUAUGGCAAUAAACUUGACUUUGACUUUCA